GGAAGAGGAUGUGAAUGUUUUGGUGUGUGUGUGUGUAGCACGCGCUCACAGUGAGAAUGGUGCGGAUAAAAGCGAGGUACCUGCUGUGUGAGGUGUGUGUGUCAGACUCCAGCAGUUUGAGGUUGUUGGAGGAAAAAGCCAUUUAUCAGGCGGUGAAAGCGGCGGUGAUUAAAGCACAUGGAGAGUUUGGAGCUGCUCUGUAUAGCAUCGGGACUACAGUGACGUACGUGAAUGCGUACACUGGCGUAGUGAUCUUGCGCUUCCGGAAAUCCCACUUUCGGCUCAUGUGGUCUGCUCUGCCCUUCAUCAGCAGCAUCUGGAGCCAUGGUCAGAAAGUGCAGUGCUUCUUCAACUGUGUACACGUCGGAGGCACCAUCAGAACAUGUCAGAAGUUCCUUGUACGAUAUGGGAGACAGCAGCUGUGCCGAAUGCUGCCGCACUGUAAGACAGAGGCUGAAAAACAGGAAGUGAGGAGAGCGGUGAUGAGCUGCUCACUCCAGGACUUCAGAACAGCUGAUGAAGAUGCAGAUGAUGAUGAUGAAGACGAAGAGGAGGAAACCUAACUAUAAAUCACACCGCAGACGUGCAGAGACGCACAGUUCGAGUUAUUUAUGUUGUCUGCUGUAUAAACCUUUUUCCUAAGCAUUUUAUUUUUAAGUUGUUUUUUUUUUUUUUU